GAAAGUGCGACCCGCGCAUCCGCAUAUCUCCAAGCAGCCAGAACAACCAGAACAACCGUGCAGCACUUCAGUCGACAUCAACUUCUUGACUUUAACAUCAUUGAAGCUUCGCUCGUGACCUUUUGGAGAACUACGCGAGAUCUUGCUUCGCCUUAGGCUCACAUAUAUGCAAAUCAUUCGAGUUUGCUUACUUCAGUCACCAUCAACACCAAUAUCCGAAUUACUUUUCCAUUCCAUCGUCGCCUGCCGCGAUGCAGAAGCGCCCCGUUAGGAGUGAAAGGCCCAGCACGGCUAACAGCGUGCGGGCUGGAGCUGCUGGACGUGCGGGCUCGCGGCCAGCUAUAAACCGACCGUCAUCCCUCAGGCAUCCCACCACACACCACACUGCCGUUGCAGCCAGAAUCGAUCGCACUGCAGCCCCGUCACCCGCAGAGUCAUUGUCAUCAGUCUCCACCGCCGGAACCAAGCGUAAGGAGCGCGAGUUUGAGGUGGAGGUUGUCCAUGAAACCAACAUCAAUGUCGUUGUGCGGUGUCGGGGGCGUAACGAGCGAGAAGUGCGCGAGAACAGCGCUGUCGUGGUUUCUACAGAGGGCGCCAAGGGGAAGUCAGUGCAGCUUUCCAUGGGUCCCAAUGCAGUGAGCAACAAGACAUAUAACUUCGACCGUGUAUUCUCUCCUGCGGCCGAUCAAAGCAUGGUCUACGAUGACGUAGUCAAGCCCAUCCUCGAAGAAAUGCUCUCAGGAUUCAACUGCACAAUAUUCGCUUACGGCCAGACUGGAACUGGCAAAACAUACACCAUGUCUGGAGAUAUGAACGCCCCUUUCGGCAUUUUAUCAGACUCAGCUGGCAUCAUCCCCCGCGUCCUUGACUCCCUGUUCAACAAGCUGGAAGCUGAAGAAACUGAAAGCUUUGUCAAAUGCUCCUUCAUUGAGCUGUAUAACGAGGAGCUACGCGAUCUAAUAUCCCCCGAAGAGAGCGCGAAAUUGAAGAUCUUCGAUGAUACGUCGCGAAAGGGCCAUUCUACAACCGUCGUGCAAGGCAUGGAAGAGUCGCACAUUAAGACGGCUGCAGAUGGCAUCAAGCUUUUGCAAGAUGGCAGUUUGAAGCGACAAGUGGCGGCUACCAAGUGCAACGAUCUCAGCAGUCGAAGCCAUACCGUUUUUACCAUUACGGCCUGCAUCAAGAGAACGGGGGAGGACGGAGAGGAUUACGUCAGUGCCGGCAAGCUGAAUCUUGUUGAUCUUGCCGGCAGUGAAAACAUCCAAAGGUCUGGGGCUGAGAACAAGCGAGCGGCCGAGGCCGGUUUGAUCAACAAGAGCUUGCUUACUCUUGGUCGAGUCAUCAACGCCUUGGUUGACCAUGGCUCACAUAUCCCCUACCGGGAGUCGAAGCUCACUCGUUUACUUCAAGACUCGCUUGGUGGACGUACCAAAACUUGUAUCAUCGCCACGGUCUCGCCCGCAAAGAGCAAUUUGGAGGAGACCAUAUCAACCCUCGAUUACGCCUUCCGCGCCAAGAACAUUCGCAACAAGCCACAGGUCAACCAGAUGAUCAACAAGAAAACAUUGCUGAGGGAAUUCACGCACGAAAUUGAACGGCUCAAGAGUGAGCUAAUUGCUACAAGACAAAGGAAUGGUGUCUAUUUGUCGAAUGAGAGCUACGAGGAAAUGACCGUAGAGAGCGAAUCCCGCAGGAUUCAAACCGAAGAACAAGCGGCCAAGAUCGAAACACUCGAGUCCAACCUUCGAAACAAGGUCCAGGAGCUUUUCUCGCUGACUUCCAGUUUCAUGGGUUUGAAAAAAGACCACGAAAUAACGAAAUCACAGUUUGACGAAGCGAAGGAGGUACUUGACCAGACCGAGCUUGUGUUGGAGGCAACCCGCAAAACCCUCGCCGAAGAAACGCAUAUCCGCAAAGCCCACGAACAGACCGAAGAGCAGAUGCGUAGCAUUGGCGGCGAGCUCAUUUCGACUCUGCAGAAGACGGUGGAUCACGUCGGAGGUCUGCACGCAAAGAACAAGAGAAAGUCAGAUCUUCAGUCCUUGAACCGAAGCAACUGGGCAAUGGCUCAAGAUCAGGUGUCAGAUGUCACAUCACUAGUCGAGAGCCGGGUUGAAGAGUUCCGUGCCGAGCAGCAACAGCACAUCUCGGGCAUAUCCGAAAGAAUGCAGUCUUUCGUACAAAAGGAGCUGCAUAAGCUCUCGGCAACACAAGCUUUCCUGGACGAAAACCUGGAGAAGUUCGCUCUAUCUAAGAAAGAGCUCAUGGAGCAAAAGGACAAGUCCAAGGACGAGAUGGACGCGGUGUUGGAGGAAAUCAAGGAGGUUCGCGACCACAUCAAGGAGAGAGUUGGCGAGAGCCUCCAAGCACUUGCUGGUGCCGCAGAGAAGAUCGCGCAGGAUGUCCUCAGCGAACUCGGCACAUUCCACAAUAUGUUGCACACCUCAUACUCGACUCUGGGAAAAGACUUCAAAUCGAUAUUCGAAGAACUACUGAAACACAUCACUAGCCAAAAACAGGAGUCUGAUAGGCUUAGACAACAGCUUCAAGGCGCAAGUGAGAGCAUUUUUCAGACGAAUGCUUCAAUAUCAGCACGAAUCCAGGAAGUCAUUAAUGAGGAACGAAAACAAGCUGCUGAGGAUAGACAAAAAUUGUUGAUGCAGAUCUCAUCCCUCAUCAACUCGCAAGCUGAACUGCAAGAGUCGCGG